AUGGACGACCGGCUCAAGGCGCAGGUCGCCGUGCUGCGCGCCGCCGAAAUCCCGCGGGCCGUCCUUCUCUUCGACGACGCUGUCCUCGAGGGCGUCUCCACAGGCCCGGCCAAUGCGUGUGGCACCAAGGACUAUGCGAACGCGACGUUAAUGUGCUUGGCGCACACGACGACCUUUGUCCGAGCGCUGUGCCACGAAGGCAAGCACUUGGUGACCAAGGACACGGUGAACUAUGACGAGUCUCUCGUCUGGGCCUUCGACAAAGGCAACCGCGAAGACGCGGCCAGCUACUUCCUGCAUCUCAUGGGUCAAGUGCAAGGCAUUUCGGACGUGCCAGCGCAGACCCCCACGACGACGUACCUCCAAGGCGCCAUCUGCACCGUCUGCAACAUGCAAUUCGAAACGAAGAAGGAGAUCGAUGUGGUCGCCAUCGACGCCACCGAGCCGACCACCGCUGCGCUCGACGCCUUCAUGGCACCCACGUGCGUUCUCGUGUCGGCCAAGGUCCUUGUCGUCAAGAUCAACCGGUUCAACGGCUUUGGUAAGAAGGACAUGAGCAGCGUCGCCCUCCUCGACCACGUCUCGUUCGCGUACCGCCUCUCGGCGUUUGUGGCCCACGAAGGCGAGAGUCUUGCCCAAGGCCAGUAUGUGGCGCACGUCUGUGGCCUUCAGCGACAGUGGUUCCGCACCAGCGACUUGGACGUCAUUGAAAUUGCAACCGCGGAGGCCUACAAGACGGACGCAGUUCGCAUAUGUCACGACUAG